CAGUUUCGGUAAUUCAUGUAAAUUUUAUAGAAAUCAUAUUUGAGAGAUAGGUGAAUUUUACAUUAACACACAUUUGUUUGUAUAAUGUGGCUAUGGUUUUUGUUAUAUUUGUUACAAGAAUGUACUGGACAGGUGAUUGUGAUACAAACCGACGAGAUAACAUAUCAAAUAGCCGGUAUUUUCGAAGGUCAGGCCUUAACACAGCGUCUAGCAUUUAAUGAGAGUAUGCGACAUAACCAUGUUAGUGGCUCAGAUGGAGGAUCUGAUUCCGAUCAAAAAAUGAAGGAUUGGCGACUCGACCCCGUUAUACUUCAGCCGUCUCGGACCGACAGCUAUUCUCUUUGGAGGAAUCUCUGUUCAAACAAAGAUAUGCGUCCGAUUGCCGUAUUCGGUCCACAGAAUCCAAUAUUUGACGGAGCAAUUCGUGACCAAUGCGCAAUUGCUAACAUCCCUCACAUACAAGCUACGUGGCAGCCUAUGGAUCCCAACAUCGAAGAAAUGAUUGCAAAUAAUGAUGACGUAAUUAAUGAUGACGGCAGUAAUGAUACGCCGGUUUUUAAAAACAUUUCGAUAAACUUUUAUCCCGCUGCUGAAGAUAUUUCAUACGCGUACGCGAUGUUACUCAAGUACUAUGGAUGGGAAAAUUUUGCCGUUUUAUAUGAAGAUAACUUUGGACUUAUGAGGAUACAGAAAAUUUUAGCAGAAUACACGGAUAAAGUACCGGUAACUGUAAGGAGAUUGGAUCCCAACGGAGAUAACUUUAAGGUAUUUAAGGAGUUGAAACGAUUCAAAGAAUUCCGUAUAAUAUUGGAUUGUCAUGUGGAUCGAAUACUCAAAUAUUUACAUGAAGCGAGAGGUGUGAAUAUGAUCAAUCAUUAUCAGCAUUACAUCCUUACAACAAUGGAUGCAUCAAUUAUAGCCAAAGAUCUGUUACCCUUUCAAUCCAACAUAACAUGGCUAAGUCUUACGGAUUUUGAUAAGUUAGAGGAUGCCCAACACUUCCUGGCUACUAGAGUGGGUAAAUGGGCCAGUGAAAUAGUACAGUUAGACUCACCACCUGUCACUAAUAUAGAGAUCGAAGCCCUCGUUAUGAACGAUGUAGCCAAUCAUGUCCUCAAGGCAUUACAAAAAGUUGGCGAUGCGGAAAGUAUUACAAUAAGAGACGAGGAGUUCUGUAAAAAAGACGGCGACCCUUGGCCGCUUGGAGCUUUGCUUCAAGCUGAAAUAUUAAAGGCACAAACAACGGGUGUGACUGGGAACAUAGAAUUCGACAAGUUUGGUCGAAGAUCUAAUUAUACUCUGUAUGUUAAUGAAAUUCAUGUGUCUACGAGACAAACUGUUGGCACUUGGAUAUCGUCUAACAGAGAUAGUAUUAUUGAAGACAGACCAAGCACUAAACUCAAUAAUCAACAGCAGACCAGCAAACAUUUUAUUAUUAUAUCACGCAAAGCAAAGCCGUAUUUCAUUGACAAAAUCAAAUGCCCACCUGAUAACGAAACAUGUGUGGAAGAGGACGCUGACGAUAAAUAUGAAGGAUUUUCUGUUGAUCUCGUCAAAGCCAUAUUUGACAAAUUAAGACAAUAUAAUUUUAAUUACACCUACUCAUUUUUACACGAUGAAGACAAAAGUUAUGGGAAAUAUGACCCCGAGCAGAAAAAAUGGACUGGCUUAAUAGGAGACUUGCUUGAUAAGAAAGCUGACUUGGCUGUAUGUGACCUUACAAUAACUGAAGAGAGAAAAAGCGUGGUUGACUUCUCUGUACCAUUUAUGACUUUGGGAAUCAGCAUUUUGUACACAAAGGAAAGAAAAAUAUCGCCUGGAUGGUUUUCUUUUCUAAACCCAUACAGUUUUGACAUGUGGAUGCAUACAGCGACUGCGUAUUGUGUUGUUUCUAUUGUACUCUUUGUAUGUUCAAGAAUAUCACCAGCUGACUGGGAGAACCCACAACCAUGCGACAAAGAUCCAGAGGAACUUGAGAAUAUAUGGAAUUUCAAAAACUGCGUUUGGCUUACUAUGGGUUCCAUAAUGACACAAGGAUGUGAUAUUCUACCUAAAGCAAUUGGUUCACGAUGGGUCUGUGCCAUGUGGUGGUUUUUCGCCGUGAUCGUGUGUCAAACGUACAUAGCCCAACUGUCAGCUUCUAUGACAUCUGCCCUAGAAAAUGAACCGAUAAACAGAGUAGAGGAUCUAGCUAAGCAAAAUAAAAUUCUCUAUGGCGCUAUUCGAGGGGGAUCUACUCUAGACUUUUUCAAAAGUUCAAAGGACAAAAUGUUCCGACGUAUGUAUGACAAUAUGAUGGCCAAUCCAGUUGUUCUAUUAGAGAGUAAUGACGAAGGUGAACGACGAGUUCUCCAGGCGAAAAGUAAAUACGCCUUUUUCAUGGAAUCGUGCACUAUUGAAUACAAAUUAAAAAGAAACUGCAACCUGAAGAAAGUCGGCGGUGAAUUAGAUUCCAAAGACUACGGGAUCGCGAUGCCAGCAAAUUCCCCAUUCCGAACGCAUAUAAACAGAGCGAUAUUGGAACUUAAAGAGUUUGCGAUUAUCGAUAAAAUAAAACGUAAGUGGUGGGAAGAAAAAUAUGAAGCAAGACAGUGCGAUGGCAACACUGACGACAGCGACGUGGAAGGAGACUUGGAAAUGGAAAAUUUAAUAGGCGCUUUCCUGGUCUUAAUUGUCGGUCUGGUGCUAAGCUUAAUUAUAACGGCCGCUGAAUUUAUGAACGAAGUACGAAACAUUGUUAUCAGGGAGCAGGUAUCUCACAAAGAAGUUUUUAUGAAAGAGCUAAAGGCGUCGUUAAACUUUUUCCAACUCCAAAAGCCGGUUCUUCGCAAUCCGAGUCGAGCACCAUCCAUUGCCUCUGACACCACUGAAAAUAAUAUGAAACGAGCUGCCAAUAUUGAGAACUUCAUUGAAUUCGAGAAAGAACCUAUGUGAAAUCUGUUUUGUGUUAAAACUCAUACUUAUAACGAAGAAACUAACAUAGAUAUAAAACUUACAAUUAUUGUUAAUUAAUUAUAUAUUUUACUUUUAUUUUUGUCGAAUAUUUUAAAAUUACACUUGCCACAAUUCUUCGCUUACCACAUUCGAUGUUUGGCCUGUCCUGUAAUAUUACAUGCUAUUCGGACAGCCGAAUACUCGGCCAAUAUUUUUUGAAGAAGAAAAUCUAACUGACUGUAUUAUGAUGAAAUUCUUAUAGUCGUUAAAGUAGUCAGGUGAACAACUUGUUUUGAACAAUUUAAUACAAAUUACAAACAAUACACUCUAGAUUUUAGGCCUUUUCAUACAAAUGUAAUUGAAACGACGGACGCGAUGCAUGAAACCGAGAGAACUAAAUAGGAAAUAUAUUUUUUCUGUCACAAGUCAAUCAAUACAAGAAUGACAUGUUUUUAACAAUUACAUAAUUAAAGUUUUCGCAAUUACACUCAGGGCAAACAUACAUAUAUAUUUUUUGUUAGGUAUAAAAACGUCGAAUUGUAUCAUAUGAUAUUAUUUAACAAAAUCAUGAAUAACUUUUAUAAAAUUAAAAAUAAAUCUUUUUUUAUAUCUAAAUAAAACUAAGUAUUAACUACAUAUAACUAUUGGUCGUGUACCAAUGUUUUAUAUUUCGGGCAACUCGAUUGUGGGUAAGUUCCAUGGAUCUGGUAAGCGCCGCGCGUUUUUUAAUUCUCAUGUUGUUUUCACACAUGUAUUUUUUCUGUACCAUAAAUAAUAUAAUAUAAAAAAAUACCUUUAUUUUGGAACAUAAGAUCAUCAAGGUAUCACUUAUUUCACGUCAAUAAAUUCGAACCUGUAGGCAUCCCUACUCAUCGGCAAAGAAGACAGAGGGUGGCCGACAGAAAAAGCCGGCGUAAAAAAACUCUCGGUACUCUUAAGUAUCAGAAUGUCUUCUUGAGAGCAAAAAUAAAUUACUAACGUAAACCGAGAGUAAGUUGGUAUUGUGCGGAUUUCUAAUAAGCUAAAUGCCUAAUCACUGUUUAUUUUUGGUAACGAAGUAUUUUCAAAAAGCUUUAUCACACUAAUUAUAUUGACUUAUUUGUAUAAUAAUCUAUUUCUUUUGACUUCAAUAAUUUGUAAUAAUUGAAU